AUGGACUCUCAAUCACAACAAGCUCAAUUUCUAGAUAUCUUCCAACAGUACCAACAAUUCCACUCGGUACAAGGCCUUUCUCCAUCUCAAUCUCCAUCUCCAGAUAUAGAUACAGAUACAGAUGAUACAGAACUUCAACGACUCCAAUUUGUAGAGUACUUGGACUUAUAUUUACGACGAUUAAAAGAAAUUGAAGAAUCAAGUAACCCAGUUCCACCACAAAUUACUUUUGAAUUUGUUUUGGAUGUUUUAGGGACAGGUUUAAUUGCAAAGUACAGUGUACGACAUCCUGAUUUACCUGGAUUAGAUGCUGAAUUAGUUACUAAAAAGGAUUAUGAUGCGGAAUUAAAAACAAGAACAGCCAAAAUUUUACAAGAUAAGGUAGAAAAAAGACAACAACAACAAUGGUCAAUAUUAAAAUCAUUAUGUUGUUGUUGUUGUUGUAUGAUUCCAGGGAUGAUGACAGAGACUAUGGAAGAAGCAGCAAAGGAAGAAGGUCGCAGUGUAAUUGAGGAAAUGACAAAUGAAAGUGGGGGGUUUCGAGUUACACGGGAUAUGGUAUUACAACCUAAAGGAGGAUUCCCAGAGUUGGAUAGUACAGGAAGAGCCAUUACUACAAAGGAAGAAGGAGAAGGAGAAGGAGGGAUGAUGGCAGUGAUAGGAGAUGAAGAUCAGGAGGUAUGGGAUUUUGAAAGAGAAGUUAAGAAAAUGGAGGCUUUGAAAGGUAAGGUGAUACUUCGAGAGGCUGGAGAACGUGAGAGUAUAAACAACAAUAGAAGCAGUAGAAGCAACAGAAGCAACAGUAGUAGUAGUAGUAAUAGUAGUAAUAACAACAACAACAACAACAACAACAACAACAACAGUAAAUUUCAAGAGGCUCAGACUGGAGAAGAAAGAGAGAAUGAUGAGAAAGUUUAUGAAAAGCCUGGAAGUGAAGUUGGUUUAAUCUCACCACUAGAAGUAGGGAAAAGUCAUGGGGAAAGUCAUGAGGAAAGUGAAGAUUGA